AUGGAGCGGGUCGGGAUUCGGAGAGGUCCCUCCCCGCAGGAACCCCACCCCUUUCCACCUCCUCGCUCCACUCCUUUUCUCCUCGACCGUCAGUCUCUCCAUUUCCCCUCCUGGUCCUGUCCUCCCUCCCGCCUCUCGCGCGCUCCCUCCCCUCGCUUUCAUCCUCCUAUCCCCACCUCGCCAACCUCCGCUUUCAUCCCCCUCCCCUCUCCUCUCCUCCCCGCUCCCGCCAGCCCCACCCCUGGGAAGCCCCUCCCGUCGGGCAGCGCCGCCUUUAUAAGCGGGUUCCCUGCCCGGGGGCGGCAGCGGCUGGUCGGCGGCAGCUCUGCUGGUGCGGGGGCGGCGAGCCGAGGACCGAGCGACCGCGGCCGGAGCGCGCCGGCCACCGCCCGCACCACCCUUCCGCCCGCCCUCCGGACGGCCGCAGCCCUGCGGGUCUCGGCUCCAGACCCACCCCCGCCCCACCCCGCGCGCCUCUGCCGCCUCUUCCAGAGACCCAGCUUGCUGAGCGGCCGCCGCUGCCGCUGUCGCCGCCGCCGCCGCCACCGCGCCAGGUUCCGGCCGCGGCCACCCUCCGCCGUCCAGGGCCCCUCCGUCCCGGCCCCGGGACCCCGGCUCCCCGCCAGCCCCGGCCCCGGCCCCGGCACCAUGUCGGAGAAGAGCGUGGAGGCAGCGGCCGAGUUGAGCGCCAAGGACCUGAAGGAGAAGAAAGAGAAGGUGGAGGAGAAGGCAAGCCGGAAAGAGCGAAAGAAAGAAGUGGUGGAGGAGGAGGAGAACGGAGCUGAGGAGGAAGAAGAAGAAACUGCUGAGGACGGAGAGGAGGAGGAUGAGGGGGAAGAAGAAGAUGAGGAAGAAGAAGAAGAUGACGACGAAGGGCCCGCGCUGAAGAGAGCUGCUGAAGAGGAGGAUGAAGCGGAUCCCAAGCGGCAGAAGACAGAAAAUGGGGCGUCGGCAUGAGCCGCCCCCCCCCUGCCAAUGGGCUGGGGGUGGGAGGCCCCUCGGGGCCUGGAGGUGGGGGUGGGAACAGACGAGUGCAGCCACUCUUCACCUGGUUCCUUGCUCUGGGCCCUGCACCAGAACUGCCACCCUCUUUGUCCCCAGCCUUCUCAUGUCCGCCUCUCCAGACACUGCCCCUUCCAUCCUCACUCUGCCAUUGUUCCACCUCCCGACCUGCUCCAUCUGAGCUCCCCAGCUGGUCCCCAAUUGCUCCUCUCCCUGUCUUUGCUCUCCUCUUCCUUUCCCCACCCCUCCUCUGGUAGCCUCUCCUCCCUCACCUCUGCAUCCCAGCCUCGUGUCCUGCCCAUCCCUACCCUGCCUGAUCCCUGAGUCUCCCUCAGAUCCCCUUCUCUCAGACAGCGCCAGGCCGGGGUGGGGCCAGGGUUGGGGCCGAGCCCCACAGCUGCCCUCCUCCCCUCCCCUCCCCUCCCCUUUUUGUAUAAUUUAAUAAAGAAACGGUCGCGCUUCUGUUUUUAA